AUGAACUAAAAAGAGUUAAAAUUUUAAAUGGAAGCAGAAAAUUCUAAUAAGGAGAAUGAAGGAUAUUUAGAGAGACCUCGUAUAUAUAAAUAGAGAAUUUUUCGUAUUCCUCUGAUAGAUAUUACGGAUGUAUGUUAUCCAAAAAGAAGAGAAUGGAAUUAAAAACCUAUUAAAUAGAGUGAUUAAAAGUUCUCACCAACUAUUUAAUUGAGAUGA